CGCCGUCGCAAGCAGCGCUGCCAAUUUUCUCGUCUCCCUCAAUGUCCGCCUUGCGUCGGCGAGGUAUUGCCGUCGGCGGAGAGCUGCCUCCAAUGCAUUCGCCUCGCCCGACCGUGUAUCAUCAAUGACGUUGAGCGACUGCGUAGAGCACUACUCGAUGAGCAAUGCCCGGUGAUCAGUGGGCCGGACCGGGUCAUGGCAAGUCAGCGCUCGUCAACGUGGAGCGGUCUUGCAUGCUCUCCAGCUGCCUCUUCUCCUCGUUGGACUGCGCUUAGGCCCAUCGCCGAAGCACUGGCGGGCACCGCUCCGUUCCCUUCGCAGACUAAGACCAUUGAGGAUGCCGUAUCAUCCUCAACCCCUCUCACUAUCUUAUGUGCGCUUGUUUCAUCGGUCGGACCUGUUAAGUCUGUUCUGGGCACCGAGGCUUACUCCUACACGACAAAGAGGCAUCGCUGGUGAGUGAUGAUGGUAGGCUCCACACAAAAUCACCAAAGUGACCCCGGCGAGCCUCUCUUCAGUUUGUCAGCCUCGUUGAACGCUUCUGGCUUGCGGUCGCUACUCUCGUGGUUUCCCAUUGCCCAGGAUCUCAUGCCAGGACCACCACCUCCGCUGCACCCGCACGAGCGCCCAGACCUGUUACACCUGCUGAUACGGUCCACCGAUUCCAGCUCAGGGCCACACAUGCAUUUGAGUCAUCACGUCUCGGCCUUGAGGGCGGGCCUGCUACAUGCUCUCGCCCGUCAAAUCAUCACGGAG